AUGUCAUCCUGGCUGCCAUGUCUCCUUCUCUUUGGCAAUCUCGCGAUUGCGUCUUCCGUAUCUACCGUUCAUAUACCCUUGAACAGCUCGGCUAGGGUCCUGAGGCGUGAUUUAGAUAGCUGGAGUGCCGGCACCAAUUCGAGUCGGAGGCAAUAUUGCGACCAGACAUUGUUCGAUCCGACAUUGGAAGUGCCAUCUGAAGCGCUGCCGAACGAUACCACUGUGGAGGAGUUGCGCAUUCGACGAGAUUGGUUCAAUGGUUGGAAAGAAUAUUUCCCACAAGGAACCAACAUUCUAUACACGUUGAAUCUCCGCAAUGAGACAGAUUCAUGGAUUAACGCCAUGGAGGAAGCCAAAGCCGCAAUGGGGGCACUGGGAGACUCCCUAUCACACUUUGAGCUGGGCAAUGAGAUAGAUCACUAUAUCAACAAAGGCUGGCGGGGGGCGGACUGGGACACCAAGGAAUAUACGAAGCAGUGGCGCCAGCUGACAGACCAAAUUCUAUCCUCCAAGUUCUACAAGAAUGCUACUCACAAGCCACUCUUCCAAGCGGCCGUCUUUGCUGACCCUCCUAUGGUCCCCGAUCAACAUGAUGAAAUAGACGAUUUUGACAUCGUUAACGUAACCCGUGCGGGAUUGGUCGACCCUAAGAUCAUUGAGAGCUACGCGGUACACCUCUACCCCCAAUCGACUUGCGAUGCUGUGCGUUACGCGCGUCUUUCCUUGAACUUGCUCUCAGAUCACGACGUUAUCUGGAGGAAUCUGUCGCAGUAUAUUCCACAAGACGCAGCUGCCAGAGCCGCAGGUAGCAGACUAGUUUUAGGUGAAACCAACUCGGCCUCAUGCAGUGGGAAGAGCGGGAUCAGCGACACAUUUGGAGCCGCCCUCUGGGCCACCGAUUAUGUGUUAACGGCGGCGACAAUUGGCCUCGAGCAAACCUACUUCCACCUCGGUCACCAGAGCGAAUAUUCUGCUUUCACACCUCUGCCGUAUGAGUAUAAGGGCGAGAACCUCACUGCCGGUGUCCGAGCCAACUUCUUCUCGCAUCUCUUCCUCGCGCAUGUCAUCUCCGGCAGGGAGGCGGACUCGUGGAAAAUCACUGCGUUACCCGCAGCAAAUGCGUCGGACUUUAGCGGAUAUGCGAUCUUCAGCAAUAACACCCAGCCAAGCCUGGCAAAGCUCGUUUUCAUCGAUUUGGGCGUGUGGAACUCGACAGUCGGGGCCCAGAACCCCUCCACCUUGACCGCAACAGACUCCACGUUUGCUUCCCCAGGGGACCGACCGCGACGAACCGUGGAAGUGCAUACGUCGUGGAGACCAGGAACAAAGAUAGAGAUUCUCCGAUUGCAGGGUCCAGGAACCAACGCGAAGAGUGAGGUGCGCGUGUCGGGAGUCGGCAUUGAUUCAGCGACGGGAGACUUGGUAGGUCAGGAAAAGAUCGAGCAGGGCAUUGUGAAUAGCGAUGGUAUUGUUCGAUGUGAACUCUCUCAGGCCGAGGCUAUCUUGAUACAGAAGCCCUGA